UAAGCCGUGUACAUACAUAUUACAUACGUAGCAAAAGAUAGCAUAUGCACGCUAGUGGUGGUUGCACUUGACGGUACAGUCACUGUCAAGUAGUAGUGGUGAGUACAUGCAUGCAUGCAUACACGCGCCAAAUCUGGAUCACGAUUCAUUGGCUCUGUCAGUGACAGUCAAUGCGAUCACGUUAUUUGGUACAAUUGUUCUUCCCAACAGAACAGUGCGGUAAUUUAUUUUUGAGCUAUCAAUUCGCGCUACUAACCAAAAUUCAAAGUGCAUAAUCCCUCGCAAAAAUUAAUAUGGAGGAUAACAAGACUGAACACAUUGUAAUGACACCCAAGUGCAAAACUGCCAAUUCUACAACGUUAAUAAUCGAACGCCAGGCGAUCGAUCCACCUCAAAUUAAUGAAAAUGAAAGCAAAGUUCACAUUGCUGGCGGAGAUCACAAAGGAAUCGUCAUUAACAAACAAGCUAGUGUUGUAUCAAAUGGAGCAUCCGAACCUGCUCAAUUAUGUCUGGAAUUCAGGGUGUUUCUUGUGAGUGCACAAACAGGAAAACACACACAAGAAUCAAGGACUUUGCAAUUUUGGUUCGCAGAAUCGCUUUCCAGCAUGGACCAGCCGAGCAUUGCUCAGGAAUUUUUCCGUGAAUUGGUCAGCCCACAAGAGUUUCCCAGAGAUUAUGUGGGUUUUAUAAAGAAAAUAAUGAAAUUAAUGCAACACAAGUACACUACGAUCAAGAAGCUCGAGAUUGAACUAAAGCAAUUACAGGAGCCAGUUGAGCUUCCGGCUAGACCAUCAUCGGCAGAUGACACGGCUAUCGGACAACACGUUGAGCUGACCUUGUUCAAAAUGCUUGAACUGAUUGAGUCCGCAUAUCCGAAUCCAGUUACCAUAGUAGAUAUGGCUCAGGAAUAUGGCUGGGAAAAAUCUGCAGUUGAAGCUAUAUUGAAAGAACUACAAGCAAAGGGUCUUGUUAAAGCAAUGGAGCAUGGAGCAUUUACCCGAAUUGUACAUCAAGACACUCAAAUCCAGGUCGUUAAGCAAAUGCCCACAAUGGUUAGCUCUAAACAGCCAACAAUAGCUAUUAUUACUGCUCAGUACUGCGAGAAACUGGCUGUUGAUUCAAUGAUUGAAAAUAAGGAAACUUACGUUCGCUACACAACCGUCGGUACAGCAAGCUCUCCAGAUGGUACUGAUGGAGUACGAAGAGUCACGUGUCGGUUUGGAGAAUCUAACGUUUACACACUGGGUAAUAUUGGUGCUCACAGAAUUGUAUGCACAAAGUUGCCUACUGUUGGCCAUACCAGGGAAGCAAUGACUGCAGCUGGAAAUACAACUACUAGAUUACUUGGAACAUUCCAAAAAGUGGACUUUGUAUUUCUCGUUGGGGUUGGUGGAGGUGUUCCUCAUUAUACCGAUUACAACAAACAUGUUAGAUUGGGUGACGUGGUUGUCUCAGAUUUAACUCCGUUCAACAAAAAAUACGUUUACGUUUAUUGCGAAAGUGCCAAGAUGCAUGAAAACGGAAGUUAUUUGUUUGAAACCAAAGAAUAUUGCCCGCAAAAUUUAGGACUACAGGAAAUCGCCGCGAACCUGAAAUCACAGGCAGACAAUGGGACAAUACCACCUUGGCAAACUUAUUUAAAAGAAGGUAUAGAUGCAUUGAGCACACAGUCUGAACAUGCCUUUCAACCACCCGCACCGGAAUCAGAUAAACUGUACAUGGCUAUUGGUGAAAGGGAUGUUAUUGAAGUAGCUCACCCUGUUGCUCCGCAGGGAGUAAAAAAUAAAAGACUGGAUGGCUGCCCGCGAAUACAUCUUGCUCCAGUAGCCUCUGGACGUCAAAUUGCCCGAGACGAUCAACUCAGACAAAAGUUUGCUACCAAGUUUGGAGUGCUCGCAUUUGAUGCAGAAAUGGAUGCGGUGGUAGAGAGUGUUUUGGGUAACUGUCGCGAAAGCUUUGCGGUUGUAAGAGGUAUUUCAGAUUACAAAGAUGGUUCUAGAGCCAAGGAAUGGCAGCCAUAUGCAUCACUGGCAGCAGCCAGCGUAGUUAAAGCUGUAAUAUGUGCAAUGGAUCCACCAACCAAUGUUUAAAAUGCUAAAAAUAGUCGAAGUAUCAGUACUUCGAUAUAUGCUGAACUCAAGCUUACGAUUUUAAAGCUCUAAAAUUUUUUCCAUUUGAUAGCGUUUAUUUUGUAGCAAGACUUUAUAAUUUGCUAACAAUGCAUAAUACAAAAGUGAGAAUAGUAUUACAAAAUAUUACAUGGAUAAAUGUUUGAUUAACAUUUUAUAAUAUCUACAUAUUUUUGUAUUAUUUACGAUUUGACGUUAUAACAGAAAAAUUAUUGCGUAAUAAGCUAUCGAUUCAAACGCACAAACCAAUGUGCCACUUUUAAAUAUAGUAUAAGUAAAUUUAAAUGCAUUUAAUAACUUCUAGUAAUUCUUAGUCAGUAUUGUGUAAAACACGAUAUUGUUAUAUCUGUUCAAAUGUAUGUCAUUUCAUUAUUAGACAUGAAUAGUCUAAAUAACUUUUUCCCAAUUUAGAGUUGGUUUCAACAGUCUUCUAGUACCGUAGUCAACGAUAUUGAUCUGUCCGAGCUAUUUCAGUUAUAAAUGCAGUGAAAUCAGUAAUCAAGUUGCUUCAAUUUAAAGCUGACGAAAAUUUUAUUUCCCUGGCCCAUUUGGUUUUUCUACUUAGGGUGCAUAGAGGUUUCCUUCGCAUAAACUUUUACAUAAGGAUUUCACUAUAUGACCUUUAAAUUCAUAGUAGAGUAUAUAUCUAUAUUGAAGGUUGAGGAAUAGCAGAAAAUACUUCAUAUUCAUCAGCCUAGAGUCAAGUCGUUAUUAAAGUAGUUAUUACAUAAAUGUUUAUUAGAAUGUUUCAACUUAUUGUAUAUUAAAUUAACGGCACACCUCGCGUUCCAGUUGUCUCUCAAUUAUUGAGCACAUAAGUGAAUACUAUAACACUAAUAUAGCGUUUAAUGAAAGUUUAACCUUGAAUGGUAGGCGUCAAUGUGUUCAUAAUAAGUACAUAUACACGUACACUGACAUAUUCAAUCAAUAUUUAUAUUGAAAAAAUUUAUCUAAUUCCUAAUUCAGGGGGUAUUUCACUUAACAAAAAUUCGUUUUUUGUCAUAGUUCGUGUUUUUCAUCCUUCGCAAGCCAAUACGACAUACCCCCUUGAUUUCAUUCCUAACAACCCAGAACCAAUAUGAAUAAAGUUAUAAUUGUUGUAAAUUAAUAUAUAGUUAGAUGAAAAUCUCUAUUGAUGGGCAUAUAUAUAGAAAAAGUUUAAUAGAUACAAAGAAUUUUAUAUAUCGAAGUACUAACAGUGUAAACUUUUUGUUCAGAUAAGUACUUCUUACACUGAUUAUAAGACCGAAUGGCAUCCUUUGCGUAAAUAUUUUUUAAUCAUGAUACAAAGAGGAAAUAUUUGUAACAACUUCUUAAUUAUGGUAUAGAUUGGUGGAUAGAUACUUCUAUUUAUUUUUAUAUUUAUUAUGUCUGAAAGUUUUUAUUGUUGUGUUAUUAUUUUAUUUAUAACUACCUACUUACCGUCUAAAUUGUGACUAAUAUUGAUAAUAUCUAAUUAUAAACUAAGAUUUAUGCAGAUGAGCUUGUUGAUCACUUGUUGACCUGGUGCACUGCUUUAAAAUGAUAGAAAAUGGCAUGGUAAAUACGAUUGGAAUUACUCAAUGAGAUAAACAGAAAACUUGAAUCUUGCGUUUCAUUAUGAAGUAAUCAAACAUCAGGUUCUUAUUAAAGGUCUGAUACCAAUAUCAUCGAAUUACCUAAAUUUCAUUUUUAAAAAAGUGAAAAAAAAAGCGGUUUGAGUGUAAAUUCUAUAAGUCGUGCUUAUAACUGUGUUAUUUUAAGCCAAAUAUUUUUUGUCAUCAAUGCUAGUCUUUUCUUCUACUAUUGUCACAUGGUCAAUUAGUUUUUAUAACACUAAGUAUUAUUCCUAGAUUGGUAUACAAAAAGGUUUCUGAAAACUAGUUUGUAGCCAUGUAAGCAACACGUUAGGCACUAGCAAAGUCCUUUAUUCAUAUACAUUGCGCGGAACUGGUUCUACCACGAUUAAUCAUUUUAAUUGCUUCAAGAUUAGCUAUAAUUAGUUAUAGUUUCAGUCUAUCUUGUAAGUAUUGCUCGAGACAAAAUUUGUUCCAAAUUCAAUAAAAUUACUACAAUUAUAACGAAAAGUUGAACCGUGUGUGUUUUAGGAAGUGAUGCUGCUCUCAUUAUUCUAUUACUGGUUGUAUUCGUAUUCUUAGUAUGACUAUAUGCAGGCAUAUGAAUCAUUGAGUCUGAUUUAUCGAAAAAACGACUUCUAAAUAAAAAUGUAUGUAUUUCUAGCAUAUACUUUAGUUUACUGAUAUCUAUUGUACAACGAUAAAUUAUUCUAUAUUAAUUCUGAUUCAUUUACGUAUCUGAAUUUUAUUUUAUUAUUCAGCGACCAUCCAUAAUGUACGUUAAUCCGUAAUGUUAAUUAUGAGACAUUGACGAAUUUUGUUGAAAUAUAUCUUAUGGGUCAUUUAAA